AUGUCACUGAGUGCUGUCCUUGACAGGAUAUCUAAGGAGCACGCUAUCAAGCCUGCGCAGAGACAAUUCUUUGAUGAAGAAUCGCUAAACAAUUGGCCCUCCAAGGCUGGAGACUACUCCAGUCAGUUCAAAGCUACUGAAAACAAUGAGGAGAAAGAGAAAUGGCUCAAGGAUUUGUUCAUAGAGCUCUUUGAGCUGUUUCAAAAACCAGAAUUGCCCGCAAAGCUUACGUUGCAGCAGAUAUCCAGUUUCAUUGACGACAUUUCCAGCAGCACAGGAAUAAUUAGUAGUCAGGAACUAUGUUCUCUCGUUGGUAAGAUGUUCAUUGCGGUGUCAAACCAAUUUGCUGAUGGUGACGAUUCAAAGGUUAUUGCCCUGGCUAGAAUAAACAAUCUAUUGUCGAAGGAGAUUUACAAAUUCAGUCGUGUGUCGAGCAAACUUAUGACCAGCGAGCAGACGAUUUUACUAAGACAUCUUUUAAAAAGGUCCAAAUAUGAACUGAAAAAAUUCAAUCUUCUGGCAGAGUGUCCAUCAGGUUAUUCGCAGCUUGUCAUGUUACUGUCCAGUGCUUUCAACGAUCUUGACAAUACACAGAAAGUUGCCUUCUAUGCUAAGCAAAUGAGCCACAUAAUAGGGAAAUACUCAUUAGACUCUAUGAGAAGUUUAGAUAUCAUACUGGAUGUCUCUAGUGAAUAUAUCACGGAUCACUACACCUUUUUUAUUCAGCUUCUCAAAAAUUCUGAUUUCUGGCCAAAAAACAAUGAGGCAGAUUCCAUCUCUCUAGAAGGGCUGAACCAUGGCGGAAGUAUGGUGGCUUCGAAUGUCAUCUCGUUUAGAAUAUCUCAAAAGGGUCCUAAAAUUGAUAUGAAAUAUUUGGAUAUGGUUUGUAUAUUGAUCAAGAAUGGGUUUGUCAACGUUUUAUCGAUCUGGCAAAACAUUGGUCCGGAUUGCAAGUCCUUGGGUGAGUUUUUCAAGAAAUUCGAAAAUGAACUGGAGGAAGAGUCCAUGAAGGGGGUUGCAAAUCCAUUGGCAAUGGCUGCUGCCUUGUCUUUUGAUGAAGAUGAUCGUGAUACAAAUAUUCAAAAGCAUUCGGAGGACAAAGAGAGCAAGAUCAAAGGUCGAAAUGAGUCAGACGCUAAAAUGGAACGAAGAGAAACACAAUCUAGCGAAAUAGACGAUAUUUUACAGAGUGGUAAGCUACAGCUGCUACAGCGCUUGCUGGUUCAUGGUUGCCUAACAGCAAGUUUCUAUCUCUUAAGGCGACAUCCAACAUUUGUUCAUAUCGACGAUUCGAUUCCUCUAGCGGUAGUCAGAGCCUUUGAGUAUAUCACAGAGCUUAUUUAUCAUUCCACGGUGUUUUCUCCGCAAGAAGUGCUACAGAGUAGCAGACUAGUGACUUUAAAUGAGAAUGGCAUUCUCUCACACAAACCUAGACUAAUCGAAGAGCGAAAGACUCAUCAUCCAUCAGCACCUUUUGAACUCGGAACUAGGGCAGUCUUUUACUAUCCUGAAUGGACGUCUGAACUUUCGCUCGUGAACUCGGUGGAAGAUUUGAUAAAAACAUCACACGAGUAUUUUUCCAUUAUAGGUGUACGCCUUGCAGUAUGCCCAAAGCUCAUUUCCAAAUUGUGUCGCAUAGCGAAAUCAGAUAUUAGCGGUGGUAAUGGCUCUACGGAAACAUGGGUGGACUAUGUUAGGAAGUUCAUUUUUCCCUCAAUCGCCUCACUCGACCUUAAUCCUACGGUAACAAAUGAAAUAUAUGGGCUUAUGAAACUUUUUCCAUUUGAAAGAAGAUACUUUAUGUACAAUGAGAUGAUAACGAAGCUUUCUCAAGAUAUUCUACCAAUAAAAGUGGGUUUUAAUAAGACGGAAAGGGAGGCAAAAAGCAUGCUGAAAGCAUUGAGUAUUGAUUCAAUUGACGAACAAUCUAGACGCCUUGCAAAUCUCGUUUCUACCAACCCAUUGGCAACAUUAAUCCCCGCUGUCAAGCAGAUUGAGAAUUACGACAAGGUAUCAGAGCUUGUGGUUACUACUGCUUGUUUUUUCAACGAUUUCGCUUAUGACGUUCUGCAGUUUGUUCUGUUAUUGCGUCUAACUGACAACCGAAUUGCUGUACAAGAGGAUGGAGUCAACCAAUCAAUGUGGGUGCAGCGUUUGUCAGUUUUCAUUGCUGGACUCGCCAAGAGCUGUGGCAAAAUGGACCUUUCAAACAUCAUUGAAUACAUCGUGAAGACGUUGCACAGUGGGAAUAUAAUUGCAGUGUCAAUUUUACGACAACUAGUUGUUACUGUUGGCGGGAUAAGGGAUCUUAAUGAAGUGAAUACGAAGCAGUUGUUGAUGUUGAACUCGGGCAAACCUCUGCAGAAUGUUGCGAGGAGAUUGAUGUUCGAUUUUAGGGAUGACAACCGCUUACUGGGGUCAAGGUUAGUCGAAUAUUUUGGAAAGGAAAAGAGCAUUUCAGAAGUCAUAGUAUUACUAUUCAAUCUCAACUUGAAAGCAAACUCCCACGAAGCUCACUAUAAAAUUCUCUCGGUCAGGUGUGAUGAAAUGAACACUCUUCUAUGGUCUUUUAUUGAGCUGAUCAAGCAUUCACUCGACGGCGAGCGAUUUUUCGAGAACGUCCUGCCGCUCAAUUUGUUGACCAAUGAUCACAAGGUUUCUACACCUUGGGUAUUCCAUAUUUGGAGGGAGUACAUCGAUACACAUGGGGAGGAUGACAGAGUUAACGAUAUGAUAGAGAAAGCCAAAUUCGAGGAAGUCGAUUUUUCUUGCAUAUCCAGAGACCUGUUCAUAACCUUUUGGAAGCUUUCGUUAUAUGACAUCCAAUUUAAUAAGGCUCUCUAUGACGAGAGGAAGGUUACAUUAGAGGCAGAGCUGGCAAGUUAUUCUUCCACAAAGAAGAAAAACGAAGUGUCAAAUCAAGUGAAAGAUUUGCUGGUCAGCUGCAUAUCUCAUCAAAAGAAGUUCAACCAAUCAAAACAUAUGCUCCAACAACAGUCCACCUCAUGGACACAUUCUAUGACGGAAGUUACCAUCAAAUCAUUCUUUCAAUAUUGUGCUAUCCCCAGGGUGUUAUUUUCACCGCCCGAUGCGAUUUACGUAUCUUCGUUCCUGCUAUUAACGUUUGAUAUCGAAAGCCUCAUGACGAUAGUUGCAAAUUUCAUACGUUCAGAAGUCCUGAGCACUCUUCUAUUUUGUUGCACCAGUUCUGAGGCUGGCAAUUUAGGAAUAUUCUUCGCCCAUCUUCUGGAACAAAUGGAAAUCAUGAGAAAGAGUGAUCAGCUCAACCAACAAUGCUGUCGCGAACUAUAUGGAUGGCAUGAAGUUAUCACAGAGCAGGUUGUGCUGACACUGAGCAACAAAAACUACAUGUCCAUUAGAAAUGGCAUCGAAUUUAUGAAACACUUAUCCCAUGUAUUUCCAGUACUUGAUACCCAAAUCAAUUUGGUGUGCGAAACCGUCUCUGAAAAUCUAGAAGGCGAAGAAAGAGAAGAUAUUAAGUUGCCAAGCAACGCUCUUCUUGGGCAUUUGAAAGCGCGAUUGAAGAAUGCUAUAGCGUUGAAAGAUUUUUGCGAGUUGACCGCUGAAGAGUUAGAGGAGAAGGCCAAGUUUGAAGCCGAAUUAGAAGAGAUCAGGCUUUAUGAGGCUCAGUUGGCAAAUGAGAAGAAGGAAGCCGAAUUGAGAAAGAAAUUAGAACUCAAUAAGAAGCAGAGAGAAAAUGCCCAAAAAACAAGAGAGCACGCUGAGACAGCUGCAUAUGCUCCACCUACUGGUCCUUCUGCUCAAGUAAACUCAUGGCCUUUUGGAAAAGUUAUUAGGUUCAUUGACGAGGUUUGUAACAACUUUCGCAGAAACAACUUGAACAGAGCAGUAAAUUGUAUUAUAGACCAGCAAGAGAGGGAAAACAUGAGAGACUUGAUGAAGCAAGCGAUGCCCUUAAGGGACUUCAGGAGUUCGGUAUUAGCGAUCUUCGAGCGUUUCUUCCUUUCCUUGGUUAAUAACCGCAGGAACCCUGAGUUAACUAGAAAACUUGAAGAUUUGCAAGAGUCGGUCGAAUUCAUCACUCGUGACGCGGCCAAGAAGCGCAGUGACAUGUACUCUGAUGCUCCAGAACAUCAGGAAGUUAAGAAAUAUAGCAGAUACAGCGGAAGUGUCAAACGUGAAGCUCAAAUUACAUCCCCUGCCGCCUCGGCUUCCAGAACUACAGAUGAUUCGAAAGCAUCUCGGACAUCAGCCAAUAACCCACGAGCAGGCAGUCGCCAGUCUGGCAGAAUAUCAGGAAAGAACGAGGCCACUCCCGAAAGCAUUUCUUUCAAAAGUAAAGCAGGAAAUGAUUCACGUCCAACAUACAGUAAUCGCCAAAAGAGGAAUGCUCAAUUCGAUAAUGAUUCGAGACCCAGAGGACCUAAGGCCGAAGAGGCAAGAAGAACACCGACUCCGCUAGCUCCCCGGGCCCUGUUACACUCCGACAGGCCCCCUCAAAGGUUCCAAUCCAGGCCGCAGGCAUCAGAAGAGCACAGGGCAUACGAUUCCGCCCAAGCCAGCGAGGAAAGACCUCUCAAAAGGUUCAGAUCUGGUGAUAAACCUAAUGAUAAUCGCCAGGGCACCAGGGCACCCGAUCGCUCAAGAUUUAACGACCGCAAGAGCCAAGCACUACCUCAAGGCCCAAAAGCAGCUAAGGAGCCUCAAAGCAGGUAUCAAAGAUGA